UCUCAAGCUAUCUAUCCUCAAACAAGCCCGAGAUGUCCCUCCUCCCGCACUUGUUGGUAUUGCUCCUUGCAGUGGUGGCUCUCACCACUCCUUCUGAGGCUGGCUAUGACUAUAAGCCACCUGAGAAAAAGAAACCGCCACCAACACCUGUCUACAAGCCUCCACCUUUCAAAAAACCACCCCCAAUUGAAAAGCCAAAGCCACCUCCCACCCCAGUUUACAAGCCCCCUCCGGUGUAUAAGCCAAAGCCACCCCCAACUCCAGUGUACAAGCCCCCUCCGGUAUAUAAGCCAAAGCCACCCCCGACCCCAGUAUACAAGCCCCCUCCGGUAUAUAAGCCAAAGCCACCCCCAACCCCAGUCUACAAGCCCCCUCCAGUAUAUAAGCCAAAGCCACCUCCCACCCCAGUCUACAAGCCUCCUCCGUAUGGAAAGCCACCUCCCAAGAAGAAGCCACCGAGUCCCUACAAUAAGCCACCCUACUACAAGCCUCCACCAUAUGACCAUCCCAACUAAGUGGCCCGUGUUGCUCUAGAUCUACAUAGAAAUAAUAGGUGAUGCGAAUAGCUUCUCAUAUGGUGGCUAUCCUGUUAUUAUUUUCAAAAACUGUUUCAGUUUUGUAAGUUUGUUUGGAAUGUAAGCUGCGGAAGCUCGUCACCUAUGAAUAAAUAUCCUGAAAUUUCAUGCU